GCGGCGGCGGCUGGAAUUGCAGGGGCGGGAGCGGAGCGUGCGAGCGGGAUCCCGAGCCGCGGAGCGCACGGCCCCUCGCUCCUCCGCCCAUGACCCCGGAGCUGGGGUCCCAGGGCCGCCCAGGCAGCAUCCCUGCGCUCCGCCGACCCCGCGUGGAUGGUAAAACUCUAAGCCGGCUCCGCCGCGGAGAGCCAUGAGCUGUCUGGAUGUUAUGUACCAAGUCUACGGUCCUCACCAGCCUUACUUCGCCACCGCCUACACCCCCUACCACCAGAAACUAGCUUAUUACUCCAAAAUGCAGGAAGCCCAAGAGUGCAACGCCAGCCCGAGUAACAGCAGCGGCAGCUCCUCGUUUUCCAGCCAAACGCCCGCCAGCAUAAAGGAGGAGGAAGGCAGCCCGGAGAAAGAGCGCCCACCAGAGGCCGAGUACAUCAACUCCCGCUGCGUCCUCUUCACCUACUUCCAGGGGGACAUCAGCUCCGUGGUGGACGAGCACUUCAGCAGGGCCCUGAGCCAGCCCAGCAGCUACUCCCCGAGCUGUACCAGCAGCAAAGCACCGAGGAGCUCCGGGCCCUGGCGGGACGGCUCCUACCCGAUGAGCCAGCGCAGCUUCCCCGCCUCCUUCUGGAACAGCGCGUACCAGGCGCCGGUGCCCGCGCCGCUGAGCAGCCCGCUGGCCGCCGCGCACUCGGAGCUGCCCUUCGCCGCCGCCGACCCCUACUCGCCAGCCGCCCUGCACAGCCACCUGCACCAGGGCGCCGCGGAGCCCUGGCACCACGCGCACCCGCACCACGCGCACCCGCACCCGCACCCGCACCAGGCGCACCCGCACCACCCCUACGCGCUGGGCGGCGCCCUGGGCGCGCAGGCCACCGCCUACCCGCGGCCCGCCGCGGUGCACGAGGUCUACGCGCCGCACUUCGACCCGCGCUACGGGCCGCUGCUGAUGCCCGCAGCCUCCGGGCGCCCCGCCCGCCUCGCGCUCGCCCCGGCACCCACGCCUGGCAGCCCCCCCUGCGAGCUCUCGGCCAAGGGCGAGCCGACCGGCGCCUCGUGGGCCGCGCCCGGGGGACCCUUCGCUAGCCCCGCAGGAGACGUGGCCCAGGGUCUGGGCCUCAGCGUGGACUCAGCUCGUCGCUAUUCCCUCUGUGGUGCAUCCCUCCUGAGCUGACCUGCUGACCCAGGGCUCCCCCUUCCCUUUCCCUUCUGACCAGCCAGAAGGCUCAGCAUCUGUGCCUCUCACUCCAAGGAUGAGGACACGGGGAAAGGCAGAGACUUGGAACUUCUCUCCCUGUGUCGGGAAAACCAAAUCACACGCCUCAGAAAUUUCGUCUAAAAAGAAUUCCUUCUGCCAAAAGAGCAGAUCCAAAGACUCUGAAUUAUGUUUAAUGACUUUGGGCAAAUCCCCGGAAAUGUCUGCGGUGAGAUCACUUAGGUGAUAUGAUAGCGUACGUUUUCUUGGAAGAAGGGAAAGACAAAAGGACUUUUUGGUGUGAAUAUUUUCUAUGCUGAUGUGAAUUAUUUCAUUACGUAGUGUGAGCAUAGCACUACUGAUGUCAAUAUCCUCAGAUUUAAAAUGUAUUUGUAUUUGCAUUGAAGACUGUGGUAGAGAAGUAAAAAGAAGCCCAUCAUUCUUCCUCACCUCGGAAGCCUCCAGCUCCCUUCCUUCCCACUCCCCCCUACAACCCUGACUCCAGGCACAAAGACACACUUUUUUUCCUUUGGAUUGUGAACAUGGAAGCCUCAGCCUGCAUAUGAGUGGCAAGUGGAUCAUCUGGAGCCACCUGCCCAAGUCUUAUUGAAAUGCAGCUGUUGUAGGACAACUGUUUAAAACUCCAGAAAUACAUCGACCAAGGUGGCACUUCCCAGUGUUUGGCACAACAAUUGCAAUUGCACUGGAUAUAUUUUAUAUGUGUGUGUGUGUGUAUAUCAUAUUUUUUACAAGGAACAUUUUACGAUGAAAGAAGAGACCCUUCUCUGCCUUCUCUCCCACAAAUUCUGUCCCUCGCUUUCCUCCCCUGGAUGAAAAAAAAAAAAUAAAAGCAUCAAGAGACCCCAAUUGUCUCCAUGAAGAAGUAGGACUCACCACAAGGGGAAUGAAUGUUCCAUGGAGUCUCCAAUACCUCGAAUAUUUUUCUCAGUCUCUAUGGUCAUGACUUGGUCACUUCAGUGUUGGGACAGGGGAAGGGGUCUGUGCAUUGGGCAAAGCUGAAGGUGAUGAGGAAGAAGAAACAAACAUUAAAGGUGUCUGUUUACUACAAGGUCCCUGUGUUGUUUCAUAAAAAGAAAAUAAAUCGUCUUAUGUUUCUCUAGUAGAAUAAAAUAUAGUA